AUGGGAGACAAAGCGUCGACGAUGCCGAUUCGUCCGUUACGGGUGGUCCUAGUGAUCGGGAACGCGACCCUUCCGAGGACCGCGACGAGUCCAUCGCCACGAGUGAUGAUGACUGGUCCGUCGAUGACGAGAUCGAUCGGGACCUCGUGCAGUCGUGGGACGGUGAUCGACCCCCGUCGAGGAAGGAACAGCUGCCUUCGAACGCCGUCGUCUCACCGAGUCGCAAGCGGAGAACAAAGAGCACCACCGCCAGGCUCAGUUCGAACGAAGGCUCCCCUGUGCCCAACGACCGUCUCCCCUAUGUUCCGCCUUCGAGCUUGGGUUCGUCGAGGUUGGGUCUCGACUCGGGUAUGAGUUCGGUCGCGGCCGAUCGGGACCGAGUCGUCGACGAACGAUCGCCGCUUAUCGCGCCGACUCUCCGAGACUCGUCCACCUCGGCCACCUUUUCACCGGCGAACCAACCGAGCCCAAAUCGCGGUGAUCGACUUUCGCCGCUGUUGUCCCCGUCUGCCGGAAAGCCACAACUGCAGCAGCAACGACGGAUUUCGGGCAAGAACAAUGCCGCGGCGAGGAGGUUGUCCAUCAUUUCGUCCGAGGCGUGGAGUGCCGCGAUCGAGGAACAGCGCGGCGAGUCGACCUGGGGGCAGACCCUCUUCAAUACGUCAGUCCCCGAAUUGAGUAGAAGUGAAAACUUCAAGUGACAGUCUUUUCUAAUUUCUCCUCUUCCGCGAACUCUUGACAGCGUCAAUGUGUUGAUCGGAGUCGGAUUGCUAGCCGAACCAUUCGCCUUUGCCGACGCCGGAUGGGCGAUCGGCACAUUACUGCUCCUGUUCUGUGCCCUCAUCACCAACUGUGAGCAAUACAUCGCGAAUGCAGCAUAAGAUUCACCUUCUGAAUUGAUGCUGCCAUCGCCAUGUUGCCCUCAGACACGGGCAAGAUGCUGGCCAAAAUCAUGCGUCAAGAUUCUUCGCUGGCGACCUAUGCCGAUGUGCUCAUCAAAGCCUAUGGCACUCGUGCCAAGAACAUAGUAUAUGCCCUGUGUACCUUUUUUUUUUUUUGUCGAUCCGAUGAUUAAUUGUGUUCGGCAAGCUGACCUUCUUGGAAGGAAUGCUACGCAGUCAUCCUCGAGCUCGGCGCUUUGAGCAUCGCUCUGUGCACACUCUUUGCGGACAGCAUGGAAUCCCUAUACCCCGCAGUAUCCUCGCAGGCCUACAAGGUCAUAUUCUUCUUCAUGUAGGUCGGUGUCCCGUAUUUCACAGACGCGAUAGCUCGAUACUGACCGUGGGGGUCUCCUGGUCGCUGCCUACAGUAUUCUUCCCACAACGUUCCUCCCGUUGCGCUUCCUCUCCCUCACCUCACUCCUCGGCAUCAUCUCUUCCUUCACUCUUCUCUUGGUGCUUGUGACCGAUGGCGCGCUCAAAAAGCACCAGCCUGGCUCGUUGCGUGACCCUAUGCCGACCGCCGCGGGGCCACGGUGGAUGCGUUUACCGCUUUCUUUCGGCCUCUUGAUGAGUGGGGUAUGUCGUCAGACUUGUCCGAUCCCUAAACAAGGGUAUAAAUAUUGAUACAAGCUUCGAUUGAUCUCGCAGUUCGCGGGUCAUGCGGUCAUCCCAUCCCUGUAUCGGGACAUGAAGAGUGAGCGCUCGAGUCGGUACCAUAUCCUCACCAGCGAGAUGGUGCUCAUCAACCUUUCACAACAGAUCCGAGCCAGUUCAACUCGGUGAUCGACAUCGCCUAUAUCAUCGCCUUCUCCAUCAGCAUGCUCUUUGGUACCCUUGGCUACAUCAUGUCAGUCGCUGAGACUGCUUCCCAGCUGUUUAUGCUUUCGAUGUGAAACUGGUCGCUGAAUUGAAACUUUGGCGCACAGGUUUGGCAACAAUGUCUCCUCAGAAGUGACGCGUGAUUUGUUGGCCACGAAGGGCAACCCUGCAGUCUUGAACAAGAUCGCCGUUUGGAUGGUCGCUGUGAGCAGCCUUUACUGGAACUCCUGAUUUGUGCACAGGAGUUCUCAACCUUGAGAUCCAUCUUCUCCUGCAGCUCAACCCCGUCGUCAAAUACGCCGUCGCCAACGCGCCCCUCGUUCAAACCUUCGAAGUAAUGCUCGGAAUCCAAAAGACCCGCCCUUUGAGCGAACGUCGCUCCCGACCUCGGUUUCGCUCACCCCACGAUUCAGACGCCUCCGCGAUCCUCGAAGGUUCCGCCAUCAUGUCCGAAGAUUCCUCCUCUUCCAUCUCCGGUCUCGAAGGCAAUGAAAGUAGUUCACGAACGAAGAAUCAAGAGCCUUUUCUCCUUCGUUAUCGGGCAUUCAUCACUCGCCCUCUAUUGACGGCUUUGAUCGUCGUCUUGGCGAUCGUCAUCCCCGAUUUCGGACGGGUCCUAUCGUUCCUCGGUUCAGCAUCGGCGUUCAUCAUCUGUUGUAUCGGGCCCAUUGGAGCCUACCUCAUCUUGGGACGCCAAACUCCAUCCAGCACAGGUUCUACAACACCCAAUACCAUCACCCCUUCAGCCAUGGAGAACGUGCUCUCUUCCUCCGUCUCCAAAUCGAGAUUAGGCGGUGACGAAGCGUCAAAGUACCCGUUGGUUGUAAAGGGUCUCGAAAGAGUAGUGUGUUGGUCCUUGUUGAUCGUUUCGGUGUGUCUUGCGAUUACGGGUACGGUUUGGUCCGUGAUGCCUCUUGAGAGGUCUGAUUGA